GUUUCUGGGAGCCGCCAUUUUUCUUCCAAGGGGGGGAACGAUGUCGUCCAACUCCACAGAGGUUGCUCCUCCAGCCCCCCACAAGCCCCUUUUCGGGUCCUGCUGGGGCUGCCGCCUUCUGAGCGGGCUGGCGCUGAUCGGCUCCGGCAUCUGGGUGUACUUGGGCCCUCGCAGGGUCAUGCAGCAGGGGAUCCCCCCCAAUAUGUGGCACAUCACCCAGAUGACUUUCGCCAUCAGUCUUGUCGCCUGGGGUGCUGUAGUGAUUGCUGACCCAGUUGGGAAACAGAAGCGGAAAGGGGAAUGAGCGGCAUCACCCUGCUGGCAGGAGUCACCCACCCGUCUCUCUGUUCAGCACUGCUUUAUGCCACCUACAGGAGAACAGUAAGAAGUUAGGAAGAAGAAACUCCGGAGGUCGGUGCUGAUGGUGGCAGCGUACCUGAACAGAAGGAGCGCGACUGGCAUCUUCCUCUCACUUUCAAUUGACUGUUUUUCUUUUCUGUUUUCAUACAGCCAAUGUUAGGCUGCUUUGUCCCACCUGAAGAGUACAGAGUCUGUGUUCUUCUGAAUAAUAAAAAACUAUCUUGUACCAAAAAAA